AUGAAGAAUAAAGAAGGACUGACUGCACUGCAUUUAGCAGUAGUAGGUGAUCACAAUAAGACAGUAGCAGCGCUCACAGAGGCAGAAGCGGAUGUAAACACUACAGAUGGAAGAGGAUGGAGCGCCCUACAUAUAGCAGCGGAGAAAGGCUAUGAAGAAGUAAUGAAGACAUUGGUAAAGAAGGGAGCAGAUUUGGACAUGAAG